AUGGGACUGACCUUCACGAAGCUGUUCAGCCGGGUGGGACUCGACGCUGCGGGUAAGACCACCAUCCUGUACAAGCUGAAGCUGGGCGAGAUUGUCACCACCAUCCCCACCAUCGGGAAUGUGCGCAGCAACACGACGCGCCUCUUCCAGCUGCGCGAUGCCGUGCUGCUGGUGUUUGCCAACAAGCAGGAUCUCCCCAACGCCAUGAAUGCCGCCGAGAUCACCGACAAGUUGGGGCUGCACUCCCUGCGCCAGCGCCACUGGUACAUCCAGUCUUGCUGCGCCACCAGCGGCGAGGGUUUGUACGAGGGCCUGGACUGGCUCUCCCAGAACAUUGCCAACCGAACGUGA